UCAUCUGGUCAAUUGGACAUAACAGACAGCACUCCGUGUUUUGCCGUGAAAAAAAAAAAAGAAAAGGGUCUCUCACGACGUUGUUGUUGUCCCUUUCCCUCUCUUGUCGCUCCCCUGUUACGCUCCUGCUUUUCCCCACCCCGCGUCUCAACCACACCCCACCUAGCCAGGUCACCUAACUUAUCCGUCACCGCAAGUUUCCACUCUCCUUUAGUCUUUCCUACUUAAUCUCAUCAAUUCCCUCUGGAGAAGCAUUUGAUUCCCAGAACAUCUUUGCCAUCCUCAAAAUGAGCGUCCAAACCGUUUCUUUCUCCCCCUUUGCGGACCAGAAGCCCGGAACUUCCGGACUUCGUAAGAAGGUCACCGUUUUCCAGAAGCCCCACUACAGCGAGGCUUUCGUCACCAGCAUCCUUCUUUCCAUCCCCGAGGGUGUUGAGGGCAGCUUCCUCGUCAUCGGUGGUGAUGGCCGUUUCUACAACCCCGAGGUUAUGCAGCUCAUUGCCAAGAUUGGCGCUGCCUACGGUGUCAAGAAGCUGCUCAUCGGCCAGAACGGCAUUCUGAGCACGCCCGCCUCUUCCCACAUCAUCCGCAAGAGACAGGCUACCGGUGGAAUUCUCCUCACUGCCAGCCACAACCCUGGUGGUCCCACCGAAGACUUCGGUAUCAAGUACAACUUGGCUAAUGGCGCUCCCGCCCCCGAGUCCGUUACCAACAAGAUCUUCGAGGUGUCCAAGACCCUCACCUCGUACAAGAUUGCCGACCUUCCCGAGAUUGACCUCUCCACCAUUGGCACCAAGACCUAUGGCUCGCUCGAGGUCGAGAUUGUCGACUCCACUGCAGACUACGUUGAGAUGCUCAAGGACAUUUUUGACUUCCCCUUGAUCAAGUCUUUCCUUGACACCCACAAGGACUUCAAGGUCCUCUUUGACGGCCUUCACGGUGUGACUGGCCCCUACGGAAAGGCCAUCUUCGAGAAGGAGCUUGGCCUGCCCUCCAACAGCACCCAGAACUGCAUCCCCUCCCCCAACUUUGGUGGCGGUCACCCCGACCCCAACCUGACCUAUGCCCACUCGCUGGUCGAGGUUGUCGACAAGAACGGCAUCCAGUUUGGUGCUGCUAGUGACGGUGACGGUGACCGCAACAUGAUCUACGGCGCCAACACUUUCGUCUCUCCCGGUGACAGCUUGGCCAUCAUUGCCCACCACGCCAAGCUCAUCCCCUACUUCAAGAAGCAGGGUGUCUACGGUCUUGCCCGUUCCAUGCCUACCUCUGGUGCCGUUGACCUGGUCGCCAAGAAGCAGGGUCUUCAGUCCUACGAGGUGCCCACUGGCUGGAAGUUCUUCUGCGCCCUGUUCGACACCAACAAGAUGUCGAUUUGCGGUGAGGAGAGUUUCGGCACCGGCAGCAACCACAUCCGUGAAAAGGACGGUGUCUGGGCUGUCAUUGCCUGGUUGAACAUUAUUGCUGGUGUCGCCCAGCAGAAGCCCCAUGAGACCCCCAGCAUCGCCUCCAUCCAGAAGGAGUUCUGGCAAAUCUACGGCCGUACGUUUUUCACUCGCUACGACUAUGAGAAUGUUGACGGUGCUGGCGCCUCCAACAUGGUUGCUCACGUCAAGGACCUCAUCACCACCCAGAAGGCUACCUUUGUGGGCUCGACUGUCAGCGGCCGCAAGGUCGUUGAGGCCGACGACUUCUCCUACACCGAUCUCGACGGCAGCGUCAGCAAGAACCAGGGUAUCUUCGUCAAGUUUGACGAUGGCAGCAGAAUCGUUGUCCGUCUGUCGGGCACUGGCAGCAGCGGUGCUACCAUCCGUCUGUACAUUGAGAAGCACGAGAAUGACCCCAAGUCCUUUGACCUCGACGCCCAGGACUACCUCAAGGACAACAUCACUCUGGCCAUUGACUUGCUCAAGCUGAAGGAGUUUGUUGGCCGCACUGACCCUGACGUCAAGACCUAAAUCAAGUGAAAAGUUGUUGGGUUCGGGGAUAAGCUUUGAGAUAUCCAAACCGCUAUCCAUGGGCGCUCUUUUUCUUUGUUGAUUUUAUCCAUUUCCCCCUCAUUCUACAUUUUAUCCUUUUAUUUUUUUUUUCCCUUCCCUUUUUAAACACUGCUACGAACUUGAUGUCCGUGUUCUUACACUUUUUGGGACUAUAAUAUGUAUAUUCUCGUAUAUAUACCAGAAUUCUAAAUGCAAAUGAUGAGCGCCUAGAUUCAGGCAU